GGAAAGGGGGAGGAAUUGUUUGGGAGCGCAAGCGCGAGGCCUGCUGUCCUCACGGCUUUCGGUCUGAGACAGCCGGCUUGACGAGGCCAUGAGUUGCCGGGGAGCGCUGGCGAGCGAGCGGGGAGCAAGACAGAGGAAAAGAAGGCGAAAUGGUGCAGAGGAGGAUGGACAUAUCCCUCAAACAAAACGCAGUAGCCAAAAUACUAUUUUUCAGGACUCCUGGGAUACUGAGUCCUCCAGCAGUGAGAGUGGCUGCAGCAGUAGCUGCAGCAGUAGCAGCAUAAGCAGUCCCGACAGAGGUAGUGGGCCAGAAACAAGCCUCCUUCAGAUCAUGCCAGGAUCAAGUCCUGUGACCCCUCCGCAGUCUGUCCAUGAGCAAUCUGCACUAUGCCAGGGUCCUUACUUUCACAUCAACCAGAUCCUGAAGGAAGCACACUUCCACAGCUUACAGAGCAGGGGCCGUCCGGCAACAUGAUGAGCCCAGCAGUCCCCUGCCUUCUGUGAAGGGGGACAGCACUGUGUGAUGGGAUAUUUCAACUUAAAAGUUUGUUAAAAUUGCACAAAAUGCCUGUUGCCUUCUCAGUCUGUAUUUGGAAUAACAGGUUAACAGGCUAUUGUUUACUUGUGGUUGCUGCACUAUUGCAAUGCAAAAGGGGCUUUGGAGCAAUUUUUAUAGGAUUCUUUGGAUGGGGGAAGGGUGGAUUUCCUUGACAUCAAGAUGUCUGAUAAUCCACCUGUGUAUUAUAGGAGUGCAUAAUUAGUCCAGUCUGACUUCUUAAUCUGUUAAUUAGUAACUGAUGCUUUAUGUAAAACCUUUCAAACAUUUGUGUUCAGUUUUAUAAGUCUUUUUUAAUUUCAAUAAAUAGUGAAUAUGUUUUUA